AACCCUAUACAAAACGACUGAAGGGCACGCCUUGCAAACAGAACAGCCACGGAGUCUCAAUCAUGAUGUUGCAUUGUCUAGCCCUCGUGUUGUGUGUCAUUGCUGUUGUGGUUGCUAAGCCUCCUUACCAAAAUCAAAUUCCCAACGGUAAACUGGUGCCACAUCCUUGUGACUCAGAUCUCAUAUGGAAUGCAGUUGGACACAACAACGCAAACACGGGAGGGGCACAGAACCUGAACCCAUUCGGAAGGGAUUUCCAGGCUGCAUCGCAUACGUGGACUGUAGCUCUGUGUCAAAAGGACUCUGACAACGACGGAUUUACCAAUGGCCAGGAGCUUGGUGACCCUCAGUGUACAUGGAGAGCUGGAACUGUGCCAGUCUGGCCGCCCACAGGUCAUCCUGGUAUCGACGAGACCACUUAUUCUUGUGCAAAUGUGGUCAUUGGUUGAAGAUUCGAAGUCUGAUGUUUCCAUGGCGCUGUAUUUGUUCUGUUCACGGUGGUUAAUAUAUAUCACAACCAUGAUAUAAUGUCAAUACAGUGUGCUGAUUCCUUCUGUUGACUCUCCUACGAACAUUAAACAAUCAAACCAUGA